CUCCCACUCUCCUCCUCCCGCAGCCCCACCUCCCCGGUCCUGCUUAAUUCCCGCCAGGCCAGCUGUGGGGCCACCAUUCCCAUCCCCAUCUCUGUCCCCGGGAUGCUCCGGUUGCUGCUGCUCUGCGGGGCCCUGGGCUGCGGGGCGGACCAGGCAGCCCCGCUCGCCUUCACCAUGCUGCAACAGACCCACGUCUCCAAAGGCAGCUCCGUCUUCUGGGGGAAUGCCAGCCUGGAUGGGCGGCUCAGCCAUCUCCUGGAGGGGCUUAAUGUCACCCAGGUGCUGCCGCUGGAGCCCCCGGACAUCUGGGCCAGGCGGCAGCAGGAUGUGACCACCUACCUGUCCUACUUUGGCCAGCUGGUGAAGCUCUUCAGCAAGGAGAGGCCCAUAGACUACACCCAGAGCCUGGGCUGCCACCUGGGCUGCCGCCUCUUCCCCAACGGCACGACCCACAGCUUCUACGAGGUGACUCUCAAUGGGACGGCUUUCCUCACCUUCCACGUCCCCAAUGCCACCUGGGAGCGGCGCUGGCCCGGCAGGGACCCAGUGGCCACCUUUGCUGAGCAGGAGCUGAUGAAGUACCCCAAGACCACCCAGGACCUCCAGCAUUUCCUCAACACCACCUGCGUCGGCAUCCUGCGGGCUCAGAGCGCCAGGACGGGAAAACAGAGCAGCCGGUCGCAUGCCCCGCUGGUGCUGGGCCUCAUCCUGGGGACCUUCGCCUUGCUGGGCAUGGCCAUGGGGAUCUUCUUGUGGACGGGAGGGAGCUGCUAGCAGAGCCGGCAGCCGUCCCACGUCACCCCGUGGAGGCAGGGAACGGACCCAUCAUCACCCUGUGGAGGCAGGGACCGAGUCCAUGCCCUGCAAGGGAUGUAUCUCCCCAGCGCUGCAGGCUUUACUCCCAAAGGACACUGGUGGAUUCCCUGCCUGCUCCCAGCUGGUUGACCCCCCCCCCCAGCAGCAGCACCUCACCCCAGGGACGGUCCCCACGCUAGGCUGGCGGGAUGCACUGAGACUUAACGCAGAAAUACACUUGGCAUCGAUGGAAAAAAAUGGGGAAAAGGGGUGUGGGGAGAAAGUGGCAGGAGAAACAGCUAAGAUAGCGUUAAAAAGAUGGCAUUGAAACCCUCAUUUAUCCCUGUUCCAGGGGGGAUAAAUGCCCAGGUGGGAGGAUGUCACACCUUUGUGGCACUGCUUCCAGAUGUCAUGUAAUAAAACCACCCAUCAGCUCUCACAGCA